CAAACAAACUACAAUCUUACGAAGAUAUGAUCAAGUCGUUGAAAGAACAAUUGUUAGAUACUAAUAAAAUGCUAGAGAGUGUUGUGAAAAGUCUGGCAAAGGAAAAGAAUAACUGAACUCGACUAAGUACUUGAUUGAUUGAAAUUACAAAAUAGUUCGUUAAUUGAGAAUCGGGAAAACUUAACUGUAGUUAGUUAAUAAUGUGCACGUGAACGAUUGCAAAUAAUCGAAACUACAUCUUAAUAUUUAAUAAAUCAAUUAAAAUUCGAUAAAAUCGAUUGAUUUAACUUUCUAUAUAAAUAUCAUUUUAAGCAUUGUAACGAGUGACUUAUGAGAAAAGGGUGCCGGAACCAGAAGUGAAAGUGAACGUAGAAAAAAAAAAUACACAUGUUUAAUAACGAUGACAUUAAGACUAAUGGUUAUAUUUCCAUUAAUUUUUACGAAUAUGUGUGACAAAGUUGAUAUUGAAGCAAAUGUUACUGGUGGAGGGUUUUCUGGACAAGCUGGCGUUAUACGAUUAGGUAUUUCAUUAGGGCUUCGAAGCUUUGUCGAUACUGAUAUGAUAGAAAGAAUGAAACUUGCUGGCCUUCUAACAAAUGACUGGAGGAGGCGUGAAAGAAAGAAGUGGGGUCAGGAAGGAGCUCGUGCAAAAUUUACAUGGAAGAAACGUUAAUUUUUCUUUUUUCUGCAUUUAAAUUUCUAUAUUAAAUUUGAAUAAAUUGUAUAAAAUUUAUUAAACAUUUUGAAAUAGAAUGCAUGUUAUCAUAAAAUUCUGUAGAAAAAAUACAUGAUCAAUAAAAACAAAAAAUAAAUGAUCAAUAAAAAUUAUUAACUAAAA